GCUGAGAAGGGCUGAUAGAAGUGUAUAAGCCAGUGUUAGCUGAAAACAAUGAUUCUGUAUUGCAAGAGUUUUGCUAAAAUCAUAAAAUUGCUGCAUAGGCAGUGAAGAUGUUGUAUCAGAAUUUGGACACUUAGCAUUAGAAUUGCUACUGAGAAAUUGGAACAGAUGUAAAAAUACCUAUAGUAAAUACAAGGAAUGAAUCCCUUUAUAUCGGGUCAUAAUGGGCAAUUCUGCCUUUGGGAAAGGAGUUCACAGAGUUUUUAUGAUGUGCCAGAUGUAAAGAAUAACAUGGCAUUCCAGGAAAAGGAAUAUGACAACUACUAUGGAAGAGAAAAAAUUACCAAAAGCUAUCACAACGACUAUUCAAGAGACCGUCGAAACUACUCACCACCUUCCUAUGGCUAUUCCAAAACCAAAGUAAACUCUGAACCUUUUGAACAGCGUGAUUUUCGCAAAGUCAGACCUUUUGAUGAAUUAGAUGAACCUGUUCAGGACCUUGACAGAAACCUUAAUACAACAGCAUAUGAUUAUCCAUUCAGAAGAACAAGAGGCAAUCUGAACACCAGAGGUAGAGGUGUGCAUAAGUUUCGUGGUAGAGGAGCACCACAUAAAAUAUCUCUCCAAAACAGAAACAGAAAUCCUUCUCCAAUUAAAACAUUUCUUGAGAGCCUGGAACAGUCUUCAUCAGAAUUUUAUCCCAGAAACAGUUUUAAAGACAAUCGUCGGUCUGCAGAAUUCCAUAACAACAGUGUCGCUGAGUAUGACUAUCAGAAGAGGAAAAGGCAUUAUACUUAUAAUGAUGUCGACCCAUACCAUUCCAAGAAAUCUCGAAGCAGUUCUGGAUCCAGACCCCAAGAUAGAGUAAGAUACCGCUCAGGAUCAGGAAGUGGGUCAAGUGUGCAUUCUCAGAGUCCUUACCGAAAUGAAGGAUUUAAAUCAAAUCAAUUUCAAGGAAAUUCCAAGGAGUUCUUCAAAAGACAAUACUAUAGAUCGGGAAGUCCUUCAAGUUUAAGUUCUAGGAGUUCAUCUAGGAAUGGUAGAUACAGAUCACGUAGUAAAGAAAGAUCUAGAGACAGACGUGAUAGAACAAGAAGUCCAUCAAGUUCACGAUCACGAAGUUCAAGAAGACGUUACAGAUCAAGGAGUUUAUCAAGUUCACGUUUUUCUAGAAAUAGUGGAUACAGGUCAUAUAGUGGACAGGGAUCAAGUGACAGAAGAGACAGACAAUACGAAACAAGAAGUUCCAGGUCACGAAGUUCAUCAAGAAGUAGUGUAAAUAGGUCAAAUAGUCGACAAAGAUCAAGAGACAGAAAUAGAAAACAUUACCGAUCAAGAUCUCUAUCAAGUUCACGAAGUCCAUCAAGAAACAGAGGAUACAGAUCUAACAGUAGACAGAGAGACAGGAGAGAAGAUAGACGAUACAAAUCAAGGAGUCCAUCAAGAAAAUAUUCUAGUCCAUUUAGGUACAGAUCACAAAGUUCUGAAAGAAGCUCCAGAGGAGGGGCAGAUGAUAGAGCUCAGAGAUCAAAGAGUCGAUCACGGAGCUCUUCACCAGCAAAAGACAGUUAUGUAAGAAACAGGAGGAGAAGCAAUGAAAGAUCACCUUCCCCUAAAAAUCGAUCACGUGGACUUCAAAGGAGGGACUCUGAAAGAAGCUUAAGCAGUAUCUCAUCAACAUCGACAGAGUCAUCUAGAUCAAGGUCUUCAUCGAGUUCAGAGUCUUCGUCAAGAAGUGCAAGUCCAAACUCAGAAAGAAGUAGAAGCAAAACACCUGUUCGCAGAGAGAAGACAGUUUCACCAUUACAGAGAAGUAAAAAUUUACGUGAAAUAAAGAUAUACAGGCAUGGAAGAUUUCAAGGUCGAAGACCAAGCAGAAAUGAGGCCUUUGUUAGAAGACAGUAUGAAAAAUAUGAGAAAGAAAAGGAAGAGCAAAUGUUGGCAAAUGUUGAUGAUCUGCUUGGAAAACUUGUUGGAAAUGUGGCAGAGCAUAGUCGUAUGGAGCUAGGAAAUGCAACAAUCACUUCUAAAGAAGGAAUAUCUUCCACAUUGGAGAGUGAGUACAGAACAAUUCAAAUUAAGCCAAAAUCACCUCGGGAGAUUGGCCCUAUAAAUACAAGCUUUUCUGCAUCUGGAGAAAUCAAUAGGCACACAUCAUCUCUGCAUGAAAAUCUAAGAAUUUCUCUUUAUUCAGAUCAUGAGAGAAACGUAGUGUGUGAACAAGAGCAAGAAGAGAAAAAAGAACCAUGUAGUGCUAAAAAGAGAAAACACCCAUUGGAAGUAUUUGACAAAGAAAAUAUGUCGGACCUUUGUACUGGUGCGAAGAAAAGUAAGAAGAUCUUGAUUAACCUAAAAAGCAGAUCAAAGUUAGAUGAUGGAGGAGUCGACACAGGGAUUGAUUCUACAGAGAAAUCCACUGAACCAAAGAAGGGUAAUUCAGCUCCAAAUUUUAACUGUCUACUGAAAAGCAGACCAAAGGUAGACAAUGGAACAGCCAACAUGCGGCUUGAUUCUACUGACAAUUCUGCUGAAAAAGAGAUCAGUGAAGAAAAUUCUGCUCCAAAUAUGAACUGUCUCCUAAAAAGCAGACCAAAGUUAGAUGAUGGCAGAGUCAACACAAGGGUUGAUUCUACAGAGAAAUCCACUGAACCAGAGAUGGGUAAAGAAAAUUCAGCUCCAAUUAUGAAUUGUCAAUUAGGCAUGAAUCAAAGCAAUGGUAUUCAAGAGAAAGCAACACCAAAUCUUGCAAGUAAAGAGCAAGAAUCACAAAAAACCGAAGUUCCAGAGACUGAAACAAAAAUCAUACAGACACAUAAGAGUGUAAAUGAGAUCAUGCCAAAUAAAGAAAAGGCGACUCAAGAAAAAGUCAAACAAUCAAUAGAAUUAUCUAUUGAUAUUUCAAAGAAACAAUUACCAUCUAGUUUGUUGAAGAGCCUUGCUGUGAUUAAAGGACCUGAAAGCAGAAGCAUAGUAGAGACUGCUCCUCAAGAACAAUUGCCAUCUACAGAAACACAAGCUGAUGAAAAUAAUCUGCAACUGUCUUCCAGAGGAGAGGAUGAAAAGAAUCUUAAACUGAACUCUGACUCCUCAGACCUAGAGUUAGAGUCAUUUGAUGAAUUCACAGAUUCAGAUCAGGAAUUCAGUUCUAAGACCUCCAGUAAAGAAGGAAACUCCAGCAAUAUUUCAAAGACAAACCAAGAUAUGAUUCAACCAAAAUCUAGUGAAUUAUCCAAUGUGGAGACAGUGAAAAUGAUGCACAUGGACAAGUCAGUGAGUCCAAAAUCAGUGAAAGUGAGGAGCACAGAAAAGACUGUGAAUCAAAAACCAGACAAUGCACUCAGUAACAUUGCUGAUUUUUAUGAUGAACUAUCAAAUGAUUCGGUAAAUGAAGUGGGAAAAACCAACCAAUCAAGCCUUACUAAUCAAGGAAUGGUUAAAACUUCUACACCAAUCAAAAACAGUGAUAUCUCAGAAGAAAAAGAGAAAGAUAGAGAAGUUGCUAAACAUAGUCUGUUUACAACAAACUCUUCAGUGAUUCACCACAAUAAAUCAAGUCACUGUGAAAUGCAGAAUAGCUUGGAUUCUCUGAAUGAACCAAAGACAAUGAGAAGUACAGAAGAACAAGAAUCCAAGAUAACUAAAACAUCAUUUGAUGAGCUUCAGGAGCAGUCUUUUAGAGAAAAAAGCCUCAAGUCUGCUAUUAAAAGUUCAAAAACCACUUGUAAAUCAGUUGUAGAUGGUUCAGAUGGUACCAAGAGUGAUCAGAAGAUGAAAGACACUAGUCAGAAAAGGGAAAACAGUGCUUCAAAUAGAGAGAAAAGUCUUGAUACCAAAUCACCAGAGAAUAAACUGGUAAAUAAACCAGAGAAUAAACUAUGCAGGGAACCUUCAGUGAAAGUUCCAGUAACAAAAGAAAAACUCAGUGAUACAUCUGUUGAAAAAAGUAAAAAGACUUUAUCCAACAAAAUAUCACCCAAGUUGAGUGAAGUAACACCAAAACCCACUUCACACACAAUGAAAGUGCAGACUAGUAAAGAAAUUAAGUCAUCAUCUAAGAAAGAAAACAAGAGUGGGUAUAAUUCCUCAACAAAUAGUAUCUGUGAUGAAACUUUGCCAAAACUUGUGUCGAGGAAGGACAAGAAAAGAGAUACAUCAUCAACAUCUGUGGAAUCAAGUGACAUGGAAAGUUCCAUAUCUAAACAGAAAGAAAUAGGGAAGAAGAAAGACAAAGAAAACUAUAAAGAACCAAAUCAGGAUACACAGAAAGCCAGUGCCAAAAAUUUAAAAGAUACAAGUGAUAGUGAAAGAAAACUUGUGUCAAGAAAGGACAAGAAAAGAGAUACAUCAACAACAUCUGUGGAAUCAAGUGACAUGGAAAGUUCCAUAUCUAAACAGAAGGAAAAAGCAAAGAAGAAAGAUAAAGAAAACCACAAAGAAGCAAAGAAAGUCAGUUCCAAAAGCUUAACUGAUACAAGCGAUACUGAAAGAAAACAACUGGCACCCAGUGGCAAUAAUAAAAGUUCAUCUAAAUCAAGCAAUAAAGAAAUACUGAAGAAGUCGAAGAAACAAAAUCAAAAAUCACCAAGCAUUAAACUGAUUGAUCAGGAAGAUCUAUUUAAACCAGACACUCUGCUGAAGAAAAAAUCUCAUUCUGGUCAUUUGAAAUCAAAAGAAACAAAAAGUAAAGAGCAUAGAACCUCUUCAGUGACAAAAGACAACAAAAUGAAGUCAUCUGCCAUGACAUCUUCCAAAACUACUACUAAAACAGCAAAUAAACCACCAAAAGAUACUGCAUCUGCUCUUACAAAUAAACCAAGUAAAUCCGCAGAUGCAGCAGAUCAGCCAUCGAACGUAUGUGACAAAAAUUCCACUGAUGCAACAAAGAGUACUCCAAAAACAGAUGAAUCAUCUCUGUCAAAGACAGCAGAACAGGAAGAAAAGAAUACCAAGGAAAAUGACUCUGAAAAUGAAAAAAUGGAGACCACAGAGAACAAUAUCUUGAGUAGUCAAGUUGCAGAAGGUAAUGACAAAGAAAAUGGAAGAAAAGUUGAUGAAGUUCCUAAAAUUUCGCCUCUUGGAGGAAAGAGACAAAGCAGAACUUUGUCUGUGGAACAGCUUAAGGUUCUGGAGAAGAAUAAGGAGGUGAGACAAAGAACCUGCAUGGAAUUAAAGCAUGGACACACAGGUGGAAGGAAAAUGUUAAAAUCCGAAAAGUUUAAAAAGUUAAAACAUCAAGUACAUGCUGAGGCUCUUCAUAGUAAAACUGUCCUAAAACAUGGAGUGUCCAGACUUAAAUGUCAAAGUAAAGAUGAAGGAAAGAGGAAAGUCUUGUCUAAUUUAUCAACACAGAAAACCUCAAAUGAGUCGACUAAAUCUCAAGAAGUUAAGAAACCAUUUCCAAAAAGUAAACAGAGUGAAACGGAUAUUAUUGCCAAAAGUAUUUUGCAAAAAGUUCCUGGUAGAAUAGAAAUAUAUGACACAAAUUUUGAAAAAGUUGCAUAUUCUUCAAAGGAACCAUCUAAAGAGGGUACUAGCAAUACCAGUAGAACAGAAACAGAUGGAAACCAGGUGUCUAAUGGAAGCCUAAACCUCCAAGAGUAUAGAAAUGUAAAUGAAGAUGUAGAAGACACAGAAUUGUCCACUGAUGAUGAAAAUCUACAAAUUGAUCUAGAUUCAAAAUCACCGGAUAAGAGGAAUGCUUCCUGCAACAGGGAGAAAGAUCAGCAAGAAGGAAACCAAGUUGAUGACAAAGAGAAGGCAACUAAUGUCCAAGACAAAUCAGAGGAAUCUUCUGAGGACAGUGCCAAGACAAGAAAACAAAACAUAACAAAACCAGUCAUUAACGAAAAACCAGCCGUUAAUGAAGAAGUGAGGAAAGGUGUCAUGGAGGAAACUUCAAGAGUACCUCCUAAGAAUCUAUUUGAUAUAGAGUUGUUUUCUCCAGCAAUCCCUACAGGCACCAUUGCAGAGGAUCAACUUGACUACAGUGACAUAAGGAUAAUGUACUACAAUUGCGGUGUACCCCAAAGUCCAUAUGUGGCUGAAGAAGACAUUGCUAAUGUACCAACACCUGGGAAAAUUAAACCUCAAAGAGAGAUCAUACCAAGCAGCAAACCAGGGACACCUAGCAAAAACAGCAGUCCGGGAACAGAUCAUACUACAAAGAAGAUUGUAUGUGAAGAGGACUUCCCAAUGUUAACUCUUCCUGACAUCUGCACAAUGGAAGGGCAGGAAAGUCAAAAAGACAUCAUCAUCCCUAGCAGUAGACCAGAAACCCCCAAUGUGAGUGGCAGUACAGGGACUGAACCAACAGCAAGGAAAAUUCUACCAGAGGAGGAAAUUCACAAUGCAACAUCACAGUCAGAAAGUAAUAGUGCAGCAACUAAUGUUAGCAAUUCACAGGAAACUGAAACAUCAUCAGAUUAUGGAACAGACAGUAAUAGGGGAACUCCUUAUUCAGAUAUAUCUGAUCCUUCUGAUGAACCUGAAAGCAUGAGAAAUGACAAAUCCUUUGUACCAAACCUACAAACAAUUAUGCCAGGCCAAAGAAAUUUAGGAUUGAAUGCAGAUGAAAAUGUUCAACGUCAUACAGAUGCACAACAAGUCCUCGGUUUUCUUUCGAAAUUGAGGAGAGAAAAUCUGGAGAACUUCAAACCUAUUGGUUUUACUCACCAGAAGUCGUUCAAAAAUAUGCAGGUGCCAAAUCCAAAUGCCAGAUUGACUGUUGGUUUCCUGGAGCCAGAGAAAUUCAAGGAUCCAAAACUGCAGUGCAUAAGGUGCAACUUGUGCUGUAGAUAUUUUGACCCCUGUGGAUUUCUGCUGCACUAUGACAGUGAUGUGAUGAAGCUUGACGAGAUGAAGUGUCUAAUGACCGAGCCACAGCCAGCAGUGGGCAACAUGGAGCCCGAGGUCAGGAAGAUCUGGGAUUACCUUAUUACCCUGAAGAAUUUCUUGGUGGACGCAAAGAUGAAUAGUUUGGGUUUGCAUAUGGAAAGAAGUACAAAGAAAAGAAAUGGUGAUGUACCACUUGAAACACAGAAAGAUACAAUGUUAGAUGUCCAGAACAACAGGAGAGAUUCCUCAACUGAUGAAAGAGGAAGUGACAAUUCACCAAUCGCUAAUGUUUUAUCAGAUGACAUAAUGGGAAUCAAAUCAGUACAAAAUACAAGUGCUCGGAGGCUUUUAGAACAGAUGUUGAGAUAUGGGAUUAAUCAGUACGAUGUAACUACAAAUCAGUCAACAGUUACAACAGAUUUACCUACCACAGGAAUACAAACUGAUAGUAAUGUUGGAGGACUGAACUCCUUAGAAGUUACUAAUGUAGAAUUUGUACAGCGGCGAUCUGUUGUCCAAAGAAUGGGAUAUAAUCCUGUGACACAGAGCCGUGUAGAUUCUUUAUCUACAGGAAUGUCUCAAGCGUCAUUUAGAGCCCAACAAGAUUGGAACAUAAUGCCUCCUCCUGCUCAAAUGGUGAACACUGUGCUGCCUGGCUGUACUCAAAGUGAUCUAACAAGAAGAAGAUCCCUUGAAAGUUUUCAACCAAAUUCAAAUAAUGUGGCACCUGAUAUCCAGAACACAAGAUCUGUCAGUGAUGAUUCGAUGAUGUCUAAAAGCUUCAAAAAGGACCUGAACCACAGGUAUCAACAGCAACGAAAUGCAGCAUUUUAUCAACAACCAAAUUUCAACAUUCAGACAUCAAAGACAUUUUCUGUUCCUCAGAAUGUAAUGAGACCAAUUGGAUCACAAGGAACAUCAAAUCUAAAUGAUAAUCCAUUAAAUAGGGCAACUCAACAAAAUGUCAAUCUUCAAAACAACCCAUCUCAAAUACAAACAGUGCACCAGCAGAUAGCAAAAAUGCUAAGGGAGCAGAAUGUCACAAAAUCAUCAGAGGUGCACAGAGCAUCCAGUCUACAGCAAUCUGUGGAAAGUCAUACAAGACAUCAGAUGAGACCUCCACCUCCACCAUAUCAGAGAGCAUAUAGUAAUAAUCAUUCCACUGGGUCUUCCACUCAAGUAGGACAAGCCAAUCAAAACCAGUUUUUCAUGACACGUCCUCAUCUUCAACAAAUGGGAAGCACCCAGAUUCAACCCUCUCAUCAACAGAUAGGAACUAACCAAUAUCAACCUUCUGCAGCACAUCUACCCCAGCAACAAAUUAGUACCAACCAGGUUCCACCUGCAGCACAUCUUUCCCAGGAACAAGUGGGAAACAACCAAUUUCAAACUUCUGCAGCACAUCUUUCCCAGCAACAAAUGGGAAACAACCAAUUUCAACCUUCUGCAACACAUCUUUCCCAGCAACAAAUAAGAACCAAUCAGAUUCCACCUUCUGCAGCACAUCUUUCUCAGCAACAAAUGGGAAACAACCAAUUUCAACCUUCUGCAGCACAUCUUUCCCAGCAACAGUUGGGAACCAACUGGGUUCAGUCUUCUGCAGUGCAUCUUCCACAGCAACAUGCUUCUGCAGUGGAACUUUCACAGAAACAGAUCGGAAUCAAUCAAGUGCAACCCUCUUCAAUGCGUAUUUCCCAACAACAAAUGUACAAUCAAGCACAGCCAUCCACUUUUCCCCCAGCUCAUCAGAACAUGAUAGAUAAUCAGGUUCCAUCGACUAUGACUGCUGCAGCUCAUCAGAACAUCUUGUCAAAGCAAGUCACAUCAACCAGUAUUCAUCCAUCUCAGCAAAACAUGACUUUUUACCAGCAACAACAUCCAACCAUGAGAACCUCAGUUAGUAGUGCCACCACCUUGCAGUAUUCAAAAUCUUCCCACCAACAGCAAAUCAAUCAAAUUUCUCAAGGACAAAACAAUGGUCAAGGAAUGCUCUCUGACAGAGCAUUGACAGUCAAUCGUCAACCAGUUAGUAAUCUCAGUUGUGGAUUAGGACAGUCAAAUUUUAGUGGCCAAAUAUAUUCACCAAAGCAAAGUCAAAAUACUAACACUCAGGGUGCUUCAACACAAAUGAGCAGAAGUGAAACCAACCAGUUAGCUUCUGAAAAAGUUAAGACUAGCCCUGUCAGUGAAGCCUGUCAAUUAUCUACCAGACAAGCCCAGAAGAUUAGUCCUGUCAGGGAUGUGCACAGUUUUCUUCAGAAGGCUAGUAGAAAGGUGUCGGGCUUUGAUCCAGGUUGUGUGGAUUCAGAAAGUGUUAAUCCAUCAAAGUCAGACUCUUCAACAGACAAUCAAGGUCAAGGUCCUUUAGCACAGGAAAACGAUGGAGAACAAAACCCUCCUUCAAGUGACAGUACUGAUGUUUCUGCAACCAGUGCAAUAAGCAGCAGACAAGGACUGAACUUGAGUUCCAGUGAACCAGGCAAAAGCAAAAGUCUCCUUGAAUCUGCAGCAGAGUUAGCAAAAAGAAUUAAUGGACCUGCAGAAGUACAGAAGAGAGUGGUAGGUUCCUAUGUGAAUAUGAUGGCCUCUUUGAUGUGGAUAUGUGAAGAAUAUAAACAAACAUCAGCUGAAGUGACAACGGCAAUACAGGAACUUGAGCACUGUAAAGGAGAAGUUACAAAAGCCGUGGAUGAAUAUCAUACGACAGAGGAGUUGAUGACACAGAAGAUAAAUGAAGUUUUAGCCAAGAUACCAAAGUGAAAUGGAGAAUUCCAGAACUGUUUGCCAUCAGAUUAGAUAAUCUGAAGCAAAACAGGAAAAGAAGACAGAAAAUAUAUGAGUGAUUUUUUUUCCUCCCAUGCAUUAUGGUGAAAAAGUGACCCCCCACUCUCCUAAAUAAGAAUGCUGUGAACAGUUUGAAAGAUGGAAAGCUACGGGAAAAGAAAAAGACAUUUUUCAACUUUUCUGCAGCCACAAGAUUAGUUUGUGGAAUAAUGGAAGUUUCCAUGUGAUAAUAUCAUGAACAGUACUGUUUGUGAUGAAUGUAUCAUAGUAGAAACACUAGCAUAGGCUUUGAUAGGUAUUGUUGUGAAUUUAUGAUAGGUAAUUCUGUAGCUUAGUUAAAAAGGCAGCAUAGUAUCAGAUACUGAAUGGUGCAUUCUUGUAAAUUAGUUUAGUCUUAGAAUGUAUAUACCUGUUAUCAACUGAAUGUUUCUCUAGUUUUGUUUCAUAAACAAACCUUCUGCUGUUGUACAGUGUAUUUUUUGGCAUUCACUCGAUUUGGAUUUUAAGGUGCAAGAACUUAAGCCUUGCUUCAAGUAUCAUAAAGAAAAUUAAUGGAAAUUCUUUUGUAAAUAAGAUGUUUAUAUGCAGUUAAUACUACAUAAUUGCUUUUUUUGAUAUUUGAUUUUUGUAUGAUUACCUCAUGAUUAUUUUCUCCGUCCCAUGUCAUUUAAUUUUUUUUCAAUUGGAAUUUGAAGUAGACUGUUACUGCUCCAUCAGUGUGUGUUCAUAACAAAAUACUGGAAACAAGAUAUGCAUUUUCGUGUUCUUAGCAGCAAAUAUACCAGAUGUGUUCAGUUCAUUUUCUUACCAGCAGUUACAGUUCAUACCAGCAGUUACGGGUAUAUGUAACAUAGUUUGUGCAUUACAAGACAAUCUCUUGUGUAACAUAGUCAGUGAUUCUGCUUAUUGUUCUCGAAUGAUAACUAUGAGAGGGAGUUAUAUAACCUUCACAUAUUUUAUGAUCAAAUUAGUGCUAUUUCUGAUUCCCCGUGUGACUUAUGGCUGUGUACUUGAGCAUUUAUUAUUAGCAUAAUAAUUAUUUAAAUUCAAAACAAUUGUUAAACAACUUUAUAUAGAGCAUAGUAUCACUUCGUAAUAUUAGUAGAGCCUUAUCUUAUCUUCUUUUUUAAAAAUUUGGCUACAUAUUAUUCUGAUUAUGUUGAUUUUUUUUUUGUGAUGAUAUAUUGUAAAGUGAUUUUCUGGAACAAGCAAGAUUUAGGUAUUCAGAGUGUUAUUUUCAGAAAUCUUUAAAUUGAAUUUUUAAAUUAAAGCACAGAGAAAUCAGAAUUUACUUUCUUUGAAUUAAAUUUUGUUUCUGUUUGUUGCAUGUCAAACUUAAAACCUGUACAGUUCUUAAUUUUUAAAAACAUUUCUAAGAGAAAUAUAUGCAGGCAUAGUCGUUAUCUAUUCCUUACUUUUGAGUCCAUGUUGUGAAUUAUUAUCGUAGGGAGAUCCUACAAGUUUUUCAGCACUAUGUUUUGUUUAUUUAAUGUUCACUGAAAAUUUAAAAUGUGUUGUAUAAAAAGGCAUUGAGGAGUGUGCCUCAUAUGAUUUUAAAUGAAAUGUGAUUGCAGUGUACUUUUAACAAAAAUAUUGUUGUCAUUGUUGAAAAUCAAAGAAAUCCAAAAAAGCAUUUUUAAAGCUCUUUUACACUUUUAUACUGCUGGAAUAAAUCAAUUUACCA